GUGCUGCUGUUCGUUUCCUGUCAACUUGACGCGAUUAAAAACGUGGCGUGCGCGCGUGUAACUGUGCAUUCCUGGACCAGUCGGCUCUUUUCCAGCAGCGGCGCUCCUUCUGCAAACCGUUACAAUGGUCCGCGAGGUGGAAAACCUGGAGGACUUCCAGAAUAUCCUGAAGGAAGCUGGGAGCAAGCUGGUGGUGGUGGACUUCACCGCCACGUGGUGCGGCCCCUGCAAACAGAUGGCCCCAAAAUUCCAGGAAAUGUCCGAAAGUUCCGAGAAUGCAAACGUGAUCUUCAUUAAAGUGGACGUAGACGAGGCCGAGGAUGUGAGCACUCACUGUGGAAUCAGCUGUAUGCCCACGUUCCAGUUCUACAAGAACGGACAGAAGGUGGACGAGUUCUCCGGCGCCAACGCGGCUCAGCUGAAAGACAAGUUGGAACAACUGAGAUAAUGAAGUCGCGGCGACGAAUCCACGCUGCCCCACGUCGUAGAAGCAGUUUCUCCUCCCCGUCUCACCGUCUGUAGGCCAAGCCUCACACACAGGAAGUAAUUUAUUCCCCCCUAAUAGCUCCGAGCAUCUCAUUCUUAACUGGCUUCGCCCCCAAAACGUCUCGGUUUUGUGUUGAACAAGGUGGAUUUAAUAAAUGAAGUACUCCUCCC